CCGCGUCUCGCCAUGCACGCUCGACUGUCGAGCCGCCUCCGCAUGACCGCGGAGGAGCGCGAGGCCGAGUGGCGAGCCAUCGAGGCAAAGGCAAAGGAGUCUCCGCUGUACGGCAAGCUCAAGGACCGGCUGACCGUGAAGCUCAAGAGCAUGCAAUCGGCCGACGAGGCGCCAGCGCCGAUCGCCGAGAGCGCGGAGGACGAGGAGGCCGAGAGGGUGACGGCUGAGGCAGCGGCAGAAGCCGAGAGAGCUUCUGCCGAGGCGGCGGAAAAGGCAGCCGAGGAGGCCGCUGCGGCCCUGAUUGCCGAGGAGGAGGCGGAGAAGGCGGCGCGCACCAACAAGAAGGCGAAGCGGCGCGGCAAGCAGAAGAACACCAAGCAGAAGCAGAAGGGUCCGGAGGCGGCCGGCCCGGCGCCGCCGUCGCCGCCGUGUGCCGACGCGGCUCUCUCCGAGGACGAGGAGCCUUCGCCGCUCCCGCCUCCCGCGCCGCUGGGCGAGCGGCGUCCCUCCCUCGUCGGCGGCGCCUCCCUCGAGCGCCGUCCGUCCGGCGAGCGGCCUGCACCGCCGCUGUCGUCGGAGCGAGAGGCGGAGCGCGAGAUGCUGGUGAGCGCCGCGCUGUCUGUCGUCGGGGAGCGUCACCCGGCGGUGCUGUCUUGCGUCUCCCGCCGGCCAGGCAGCACGAGGGCGGCGUCUGCCCCCGCGUCGCGCGCGGUCUCGCCCCGCCCGCCCUCGCGCGGCUCCUCGAACCGCUCCUCGCGCAACCCAAACUCGACGACGCGCGCGGUCUCCCCCGGGCCACGCAGCUCGCCGAGCCCGUCUGUCCGCGCCGCCUCCUUCGGCCCUCGCGACGGGCGGGCGGCAGCAGUCGAGCUCACCGCACGGCGCUGGGCGAGCGGCGCGGCGCCCCCGCACCCCGACCUCCUCCCAGCCACCGACCGGCCAACCUCACGACACGGCAGCCGACCCGGCACCGCCGGCGCCGCGACCGCCGCUGCCACGGCCGCCGCCGCCGCCGCCGCCGCCGCUGCUGCCGAGACGGCCGCUCCUGGGGCGGAGAGCUUGCCGCUGGCCGUCUCUGCUUGCUCGGCAGCCGACGCGGGCUUCCACCAAGACGAGGCGCGCGAGACGAGCCGGCGCAAGCGGCGCGAGCACGCGGCGGCGAUGGGGGCGCUGCAGGCGCUUGGCUCUGCGGCGGACGCGGGCGCGCUGCGCUCGAGCAUCGCGGAGGCGGAGGAGCACGUCCGCAACUACCCGCGCGGCCGCACCCUGCCGUCGGUGCAGGAGGAGUUGCAGGCGGGCCGUGCGCUGCAGGGCCCUCCGCCGCCCGUCGCCGUGCCGCUCUCGGAGCUGCGAGCCGCGACGGCGAACUUUGACGAGGCGUCCAAGGUGGGCGAGGGCGGCUUCGCGUCCGUCUACCGCGCCGCGCACCUGCCUUGGAUCCCGGGCGUCGAGGUAGGCACGCAGAGCCUCUCCUCCAACCAGAGCCCCGACUUCGCCGACCUGCAGCGCGAGGUGGCGCUGCUGCAGCGCUGCUCGCACGCGCACCUGCUGCCGCUGCUCGGCUGCUGCCUCGAGCGCACGGCGCGAGCACCCGAGCGCACCCGAGCGCACCCGAGCGCACCCGAGAAGUACCCGAGAAGUACCCGAGAGGCGCGGCUGCAUCCGUCCGCGUGCGAGCAUUGGACGUCGCUGCAGCGGCUCGGCUUCUCGACGGUGCCGCCGCCUCUGAGCUGGCGGCAGCGGCUGCAGGUGGUGCAAGAGGCGCUCGAGGCGCUCAGCUACUUGCACACGCCGACGUCCUCCAAGCCGCGGAUCGUGCACCGCGACGUCAAGCCGGCAAACAUCCUGCUCGACGCGAACUUGCACGCGCGGCUCGCCGACACGGGCUUCGCCAAGGCGACGCGGCAGCACGCCGACGAGCGACUCACUCUCUCCGUCGGCCAGGGCGCCUGCUACACGCCCGGCUACGCCGACCCGAUCAUCAUCAACGGCGGAGAGUACUCCGCCGUGACGGACGGGUUCGCGGUGGGGAUGACUCUGCUCGUCUGCCUGACCAACCGAUCCCCCAUCGCGGUGGUCGACCGCUGCGAGGCCGAGUUUGGGCGCGGCUGGGACGAGAUCAGCGGCGCCGAGAUUGCCGGCGGCAGUGAGGGCGGCAGCCAGUGCGCCUGGCCGCCCGAGGUUGCGGACGCCGUCAAGCGGCUCUGCUUCAGCGCCGCGGGGGACACCCCCUCCCUCUGCGCGGACCGGCGGCGGAACCGCUCCUCCAUCGAGAGGACGAUGCACGCGCUGCUCGAGCUGCAGAAGACGGCCGCGUAACGUCGCGUAGUUGCGUGUGGCUACGUCGUUGGGCCGGGGCGG